AAGAAGAAUACACAAGGCUCUCUGCCUAAAACCCUUGAAACGAAAAUCGGUUUCCAUAAGAUCCGAUCUCUCUCACGGCAUUGGGGAUCAUGUCAUCCACGGAUCUGAAACCGGAGAAUUCGGAUCCCAAAUCUGAAAAUAACCAAGCCCCGUCAGAGGAACUGGGAGACUCGUCAAGUGAUAAUUGGAAAUUUCGAUUCCUAGAUUUCAUGGAAGGAGGUGCUUGCAAAGAAUCAUAUUUAAAUUUAAUUUAUUGCGUUGAAGACGAGGAGCCCAAGUAUAAGGAAGCACUAGAGAAAUGUAUGAACGCUCACUCUGAUUACUAUGAGCCCAUUAUCUCACGGAUAGAGACUUGUAUAGAGACUAGUGAGGAGCAGCUGACAAAGGAUAUAGAAGCCAUCUUCCUUCCGUCAACCAUUUUGGAUCAAACAAAAGAAGGAGACGCAGAGAGGGAAGAAAUAUUAGAAGAGAAGUUUCUAGCAUUCAUGAAAGGAGGUGGUUGCGAAGAACAAUGUACGGCUUUGAGGGAUUGCUUUUUGGAAGCUGAGAAAAACAAGGAAGAUGUCGACAUUAAGUGUGCGGGAGUCCAGGCGAUGUGGUUCAAUUGUAUGGAUGCUCAUUCUGAUUACUUUGAGCCAGUUCUCGCGCCCCUUAACACUGCUGGAGACGACUUUGAAAAGAAGCUCGAAGCCUUUUUCUCUCCGAAGCAAACUGACUAAGAGGAUUUUAGGUAUACGUACGGAAGCAAGCUGAGAGAUGACUAAGAGGAAUGUUAGGUUUUUUUUUAUUAAGGUUUUCUUUGUUUGCAAGGAAUAUCAAUAUUAGAUUUGGGGAUCAAUUGUUAGCGUUUCCAUCUGAUUGAAUGAAUACUCUUUACCUUA